UUCACUCUCUCCUUUGGUUUCAGAGGAAAGUAGAAAAACCCUUUCGAACGAACACCAAACAAAUUCUUGGAGCGAAUCAAUCAAUGGUUUGGGGUCUCUUUCCCGUUGAUCCUCUCUCAGGUGAAGAUAAAUACUAUAUAUUUUCAGAAGGGACUUACAAGAUUGGUCGAAAAGGAUGCGACAUAAUUAUCAAUAAGGAUAAGGGAGUGUCUAGGAUCCACGCCGAGUUAACUUUCGAUGCAACAACCUCUCUUCGCAGGAAUAAAUCUCCUCCUGAUACCUCCUCGUUUGUUAUACGUGUCAAAGAUUGUUCAAAGUAUGGCACCUUUAUCAAAACUGACCUCGGGACAAAAGACAAAGUUCAUGAGCUACCUAAUAAGGAGAGAAUUCUCAAUGAUGGAGAUGUUAUCACCUUUGGUACUGGUGCAGCUACUUACAGGUUGUCUUUGAUUCCGCUGGUGUUUUACUUCUGCCCUUCCUCUGAUACCUUUAAGGUGGAUCGGUCGGUACAAGAGACUGUUUCAUCAAUUGGUGCUCGUACUACUCAUAUCUUGAGUGAGGAGUGCACACAUGUUCUUGUUGAGCCGCGUAUGCAAGUGAAUGAAGCUCUGCUCAAUGCAGUUUUAGCCAAAAAACCCAUCAUUUUGACGAACUGGGUUACGCUUCUUGCAGAGAAAAGUAUCCGCAGCGAAUUUCCUGGAAACAGCCAGUACAGACCAUCAGUGAUGGUGGAAGAAGCUUUGGUGGAUGUAAUGGAACCAAACAUCCGUGAAAAAUGUCUACAAGGAUUUGCCUUUGUGUUGGAACCAACAGACACUUACAGAUUUGGUAGCAGCUUCUCAUCUUUACUCAGAGUAUGUGGCGCAGAGACUGUUGCCAUAGCAGAGAUCAGCUCCAUGAGUCAGGAUUCUCAGUAUGGAGAAACUAACCGGAUUAUAUGUGUCAUCCCAAUAAGCUCAGGAGACAAGUUUGGCCGUUUGAAGAAUCUCAGUCUGUUAUCUAGAGUGAACGAGAUGGACUUAAUAAGCGCUAUCUUGUCUGGAAAUCUGCCUUCGACUUCGUUGAUACCACCUUCUGUUGUGAUUUCAUCAUCGUGCUCCACGGAUGAGACAGUGGUAGCAGACUCUGAUGUCGAAGAGGAGGAAGAAACAACAUCGUCAGUUCAUAUGGUCGAUGCCACAGAGAAGGCAGAAACACCGGAGAAGCCUGCUGCUGCUGUUGUUGUGAUAGAAGAGAGUCCUGUUACUACUAUAGUGGAAGAAACUGUGAACUUGAACGAGUUUAAAAGCGUUAACUUAACGGCAGAUACCGAAAUGAAAGACUACAGUGACGUUACAAUGAGAAGGGAUGGUAAUGAUGAGCCUGAAUGUGGGAAGUCGGAGGUUAUCUACACUCAACAUCUUAUUGUUAGGUCAACUAGAAAUGUUCGGUCUACAGGUGUGGAAGGAGUUGUUGACUUCAAGCGAUUCAGAAAGGGGAAUGCUAAUAUUAUAUCCGGAAACAGCUUCAGUAGUCUAAUACCUUUCGCCAAGGAUCCAUACAAAGAGUGCGAUACAGGUGAAGUGACAGACUUUAUGAAAGAAGAGAAGAAGAGGAAGCAGAGGGAAGCCGUUGCAGAGGACUUGUUUCACAAUGAAAAGGCUAGAAAGCGUGGAACGGCUGGUUCCAUCCGCGGGUUUCUCAGAGGUUGAGGUUUCAAGGUGAAUAUGAAAUGGUUUGUUGUCGGAUCUUGCUCUGUAAUUAUACUGAGGGUUGUUUGUAAUUCUUCAGAAGAAGAAACCUCUAGAAUAACGUUGAGAAUGGUGGUUGUUGGGAUAACAUGGAUGGACCUAGUCAAAAGCUUGCCAUGUUUAUUUUUGUUUAUCAUGACUUAACAAUGCCUCAACUUAACAGUCA